UUGCAAUCGUGUUUAAUUAUUAAUAAUUAUACCGUGAAAAAAGUAUAAUUUUAGUGAUGACGAUAUUUCUGUGGAUGGAAUAUCAAGAAUCCGCCAUAUUUCUGUCAAUUCUUCCUUUCGCUGAAAGCUAGUGUAGUUGAAGCAGCAAAUAUGACUAACUCUAAGGGUUACCGUAGAGGAACUAGAGAUUUGUUCUCUAGGAAAUUCAAGAAACAUGGAGUCAUUCCUUUGUCUACAUAUAUGAAAGUCUACAAAGUAGGAGACAUUGUAGACAUUAAAGGAAAUGGUGCCGUCCAAAAGGGUAUGCCCCACAAAGCAUACCAUGGAAGAACUGGUCGUGUUUUCAAUGUUACUCCACACGCACUUGGCGUUAUCGUCAACAAAAGGGUCAGAGGAAAAAUCAUCCCUAAAAGAAUUAACAUCCGUAUUGAACAUGUGAACCAUUCAAAAUGCCGAGAAGAUUUCUUGACGAGAGUAAAAACCAAUGAGAAGUUGAGGAGAGAAGCUAAGGAGAAGAAAGUGCAUGUAAAUCUAAGAAGACAACCUGAACAACCCAGACCAAGUCACAUUGUCAGCGGUAAAGUACCAGCAGUUUGUUUAGCACCAAUUCCUUAUGAAUUUAUUGCUUAAAAUGCAAUUUUAGUAAUAAAAAGUUUCUAAAUUA